GUGGAGGGCUGAGGUUGGAAAGGCCUUUGAGUUACGCAACGAUUUCAUUCAGCGGCUCCCUGAGGAGACAUCAGGCCAAACAGGCGCUCAGCACGAUGCGGGCCAGGAUUUAAACCUUGACCUGUGUUAUGUCAUUAAUUCCCUUUGUUUUCUGUCUCACUCCUCUAAGAAAGAGAAAGUGUGUGACAGUAUAUCCACUUUGUUCCAUCCCAGUGAACACAUACCUCCAAGCUGUGCUGAUGCUCUGCAGGAUGACAAGCUUCAAACCAAUCAACACUAAUUAACAGGUGUCACGUGACCCACAAAGAAAAGAGUCUCUGGAGCCAGGAAACGUAUCAGUGAAAACAUCCCAGCGAUAACAAGAUGAGUUAUGAUCGUGCUAAACUUUGUUGGAUUUCUUUCUGUGUUGCGCUCGUGGCUCAGCGCUGCUGCUGCCUGUCCGGCGUCCAGGUGGAGAAAACCCCCGAGCAGAGGAAACUGCUCGUCCUGCCCAGAGUCACCUGCUCUGUCUGGAGAAUCAAAGCUGUGUUUGCUCCGCUGGUCAGAAACAAUAUACAUGUGAGAGAUGUGUCCGGGGCCACAGUCCCAGUGCCUCAGUCUGAGGACUCGUGUGGAGUGAUGUCGAGCAGAGAGAAAAACCAGAGCAUCUCCUUCUUCAGCAGAUAUGACAGCUGCUACGUUCAGAUUGAGAGCACCCGAGUGGUCAUACCUCUGCAUGUGCAGCUGAAGGGAGAAGAUCAGUGGUUCAGGGUGAAUAUCAGCUGUCCUCUGAUAAGGAGACAGGGCGAGCGGACUCCGCUGAAGCCGACAUUGUUGCCUGGAAAGUGUGGCACAGACAGAGCUCUGCGAGUGGACUGUGGCCAUCAAAUCAUUUCCAGUGACGCCUGCUACAAACUGGGCUGCUGCUAUGAUGCUGAUGAUUCCACCUGCUUCUAUAGACUCAACGCCUGCUCUCUGGACGGACACUUCGUGUUCUCGGUGAAGGCCACAGACACGGACCCGCCCGUCACUCCCAGCAGCCUCAUAGUCAAAGAUCAGCCGCAGUGUUUCCCUGUGGUCGCCACCGCAGACACGGCCGUCUUCAAGAUCGGAGUCACAGACUGUGGUGCAAAGAAGAAGGUGGAAGGAGAUGUUGUGAUCUAUGAUGUGGAGGUGGAGGAGCUGCACACGGACAGAACAUCCACACAUUCUCCGUUCAGUCUCCAGGUACGGUGUGAGUACGCGAGAUCAGAUCUGACGCCUGCAGCAGACGUGAGGUCCUUGUACGCAAUGACGAACCCCCCGUCUGUGGUUGCACUGGGAACCAUCAGAGUGCAGAUGAGAAUAGCCACAGAUGCAUCUUUCACAUCCUUCUUUCCCGAGGAGCAGCUUCCUCUGAGUUUGCCGCUGCGUAAAGCUGCUUAUGUGGAAGUGUCCAUCGCCCAACCCUCCCCAGACCCGACUCUCUCCCUACGGGUGCAGGAUUGCUUUGCCCACCCUGUGUCCAGACACUCUGUGUGGAUGCUCCUGUAUGACGGAUGCCCGAAUCCUUUGGAUAACAUGAGAAGCUCUGUCCCUGUGGACAAACGGGGGAGGACGACCUCCCACUCCCAAGUGAGGAGGUUUGAUGUCAAGACCUUUGCCUUCUUGGACCCUCAUACGGGACAUCCCAGUGAGGAGGAGAUGUACUUCUAUUGUUGGGUGGAGAUCUGCACAGACGAUGUUGACUGUGCACAGAGUUGUGCCAUCAUUUCAUCUGAGGGUGAGAGACGGAGAAGAGACACGUCUGACCAGCUCCAGUUGGUGUCUUUAGGGCCACUAAUGCUGGGACAGAACAACACUGAAGUGGAAGACAGUCCGUGUGUGAAGCAGAACACAGUGUUCCAUGUGAUGGUGUACAUCCUCUCUGGUGUGGGUGCGGCCCUGCUGCUGAUCCUGCUCUUCACUGUGUGGUUGAGCGUCACCAAGUGUCGGAAGACAAAUAUACAGAAACCUUCUCAAGCACAAGUUGACAGUGAACCGUGCCAGUAAAUCAUUUGACCUUC